GCUGAAAUGGACAUUGCUACUCAAGUAAGUCUUAUCUUGAAUAGCCUGACUCCAGCAUUUCUACCAUAUACAUCAAAUUAUGUCAUGAAUAAGAAGGAAAUUGACUUUCAUGAAUUAGUCAAUGACCUUCAAACUUAUGAAAAUUUGAUUGGAGGACCCAAGAAGAAAGGGAGUAAACCUCAUAAUCCUGGUAAUGGUAAUGGGACGAUAAAACCUGAAGCAAAUGUUGCCUCUGCUUCAAAGCCCAAAUCGAAGAAGAAGUGGAAGAACACCAAGAAGCGAACAAAAGUCAUGAAAAAGGCUGCUCCUUCUGGUGAUGCUACACUUAAAGGAAAGUGUUUCCACUGCAAUGAAAAAGGUCAUUGGAAACCCCAGUGUCCUAAACUUCUUGCAAAGAAACAAGGCCAAGCUACUUGAACUCAAUUGAGUUGGAUCAGCAAGCUGGACCAAGGGUGAAAUCGUCC